AUGGCUUCAAUACCGCCCCCUCCUCCGCCAGGAUGGGGUGCUGGAUUGCCGCCUCCGCCUCCCCCUGGGAUGGCUCCUCCACCUCCGGGCUAUCGUCCUCCCGUCGACCCUCGUGUAGCAAAGUUUGCACAGAAAAAGAAGGAAUGGCUCCGCACGCAGCGCAAUCGGUAUGGUGAAAAGAGGAAGGGCGGCUUUGUGGAAACCCAAAAGGCCGAUAUGCCGCCGGAACAUCUGAGGAAGAUCGUCAAGGACAUUGGAGACGUCAGUCAAAAGAAGUUCAGCAGCGACAAAAGAAGUUAUCUGGGCGCGUUGAAGUACAUGCCACACGCAGUAUUUAAGCUCUUGGAAAACAUGCCCAUGCCUUGGGAGAGCGCGAGGGAAGUCAAAGUGUUGUAUCAUGUCAACGGGUGUCUGACACUCGUGAAUGAAAUUCCCCGGGUCAUCGAGCCUGUUUUUCACGCGCAGUGGGCAACCAUGUGGGUUUCGAUGAGACGAGAGAAGAGCGACAGGAGACACUUCAAGCGCAUGCGUUUUCCUCCUUUCGACGACGAAGAACCACCGCUGUCUUGGUCGGAAAACAUCGAGGACGUCGAACCUCUCGAACCUAUUCAGAUGGAACUGGAUGAGAAUGAGGAUGGCCCUGUAUACGAAUGGUUCUAUGACCACCGGCCUCUUCUGGACACGCCACACGUCAAUGGUCCGAGUUACAAGACGUGGAACUUGACAUUGCCACAAAUGGCCACCCUUUAUCGACUGUCUCACCAGCUCUUGAGCGACGUGGUGGACAAGAAUUACUUCCACAUGUUCGAUCGCGAAAGCUUCUUCACCGCGAAAGCUCUCAACGUGGCCAUUCCCGGUGGGCCACGAUUCGAGCCGUUGUACAAGGAUAUUGAUCCCAACGACGAGGAUUUUGGCGAAUUCAACGCAAUUGAUCGGAUCAUCUUCCGUGCACCGAUCCGGACGGAAUACAGGGUCGCAUUCCCUUAUCUCUACAACUCGCUGCCACGAAGUGUGAAACUCUCAUGGUACUCUCACCCUCAGGUUGUCUACGUCAGAUCAGAGGAUCCCAACUUGCCCGCGUUCUAUUUUGAUCCAGUCAUCAACCCUAUCUCUUCACGGUCAGUGGCGCCAAAGAAUAUUACUGUCAGCCAUGAGGAUGAAAUCUUUGGGGAAGGCAAUAACGAAGACGAUGAAUUCGAGCUUCCAGGCAACGUUGAGCCAUUCCUCGCGGACGAGGAGCUGUACACCAGCGAGACAGCUUCUGCUAUCGCGUUGUGGUGGGCACCUUUCCCAUUUGAUCGGAGAUCCGGGAGAAUGGUUCGUGCCCAGGACGUCCCUCUGGUCAAGCAGUGGUAUCUCGAACACUGCCCGCCUGGCCAGCCAGUCAAAGUCCGAGUGUCAUAUCAGAAGUUAUUAAAGACCUACGUUCUGAAUGAGCUGCAUAGAAAGAAGCCCAAGGCGCAGAACAAACAAGACCUUCUCAAGACGCUGAAGUCCACCAAGUUCUUCCAGCAAACGACCAUCGACUGGGUAGAGGCGGGUUUACAGGUCUGUCGACAAGGAUUCAAUAUGCUAAAUCUUCUGAUCCACCGGAAGAAUUUGACGUAUCUCCAUUUGGACUACAACUUCAACCUUAAACCCGUCAAAACUCUGACGACAAAGGAGCGUAAGAAAUCAAGAUUCGGCAACGCGUUCCACUUGAUGCGAGAGAUUCUCAGGCUCACCAAGCUCAUCGUCGACGCGCAGGUCCAAUACAGACUUGGCAACAUCGAUGCAUUUCAACUAGCUGACGGAAUUCUCUAUGCCUUCAACCACGUCGGACAAUUGACUGGAAUGUAUCGGUACAAAUACAAGCUCAUGCAUCAGAUCAGAUCGUGCAAAGACCUGAAACACUUGAUCUAUUAUCGCUUCAACUCUGGUCCAGUCGGAAAAGGUCCAGGUUGCGGCUUUUGGGCCCCUGCCUGGAGAGUUUGGCUCUUCUUUAUGCGUGGCAUUAUUCCUCUGCUUGAACGAUGGCUCGGGAACUUGUUGUCAAGACAAUUCGAAGGCCGACACAGCAAGGGCGUGGCAAAGACAGUCACAAAACAACGCGUGGAGUCUCACUUUGACCUUGAACUUCGAGCUUCGGUCAUGGCAGACUUGAUGGAUAUGAUGCCCGAAGGUAUUAGACAGAACAAGGUCAAUACCGUGCUCCAGCAUCUUUCCGAAGCGUGGCGAUGCUGGAAGAGCAAUAUUCCCUGGAAAGUCCCAGGGUUACCUGCUCCGAUUGAGAACAUAAUCCUGCGAUAUGUCAAGAGCAAGGCUGACUGGUGGAUUUCUGUGGCUCAUUAUAACCGAGAGCGUAUCAGAAGAGGUGCAACCGUCGACAAGACAGUAGCCAAGAAGAACCUUGGUCGCCUCACCCGAUUAUGGCUGAAAGCUGAACAAGAAAGGCAGCAUAACUACAUGAAAGACGGUCCUUAUGUUUCCUCGGAGGAAGCCGUCGCCAUUUAUACGACCACCGUCCAUUGGCUUGAAUCACGAAAAUUCUCGCCCAUUCCCUUCCCCAGUGUGUCUUACAAGCAUGACACGAAGAUUCUCAUUCUGGCCUUGGAAAGACUUAGGGAAGCCUACUCUGUUAAGGGCAGACUGAACCAGAGUCAGAGAGAAGAGCUGGCCUUGAUCGAACAGGCUUACGAUUCGCCAGGAACUACCCUUGCUCGAAUCAAGCGUUUCUUGUUGACUCAACGAGCAUUCAAAGAAGUCGGCAUCGACAUGAAUGACAAUUACAGCUCAAUCAACCCGGUAUACGACGUUGAGCCCAUCGAGAAAAUUACCGAUGCAUAUCUUGACCAGUAUCUCUGGUACCAGGCUGACACCCGGCAUCUCUUCCCAUCGUGGGUCAAGCCUUCAGAUUCAGAGGUCCCACCCCUUUUGGUCUACAAAUGGGCUCAGGGGAUCAACAACCUGACAAAUGUCUGGGAGACUGCAGAUGGAGAAUGUAACGUCAUGAUCGAAACGCAGCUUUCCAAGGUCUACGAGAAGAUUGAUUUGACUUUGCUCAACCGUCUGCUUCGACUCAUUAUGGAUCACAAUCUGGCGGACUACAUCACGUCGAAAAAUAAUGUGCAGCUGAAUUACAAAGAUAUGAACCACACGAAUAGCUACGGCAUGAUUAGAGGCCUUCAGUUCUCAGGCUUCGUCUUCCAGUACUACGGACUGGUUAUCGAUCUUCUCCUCCUGGGCCUUCAACGAGCGAGCGAGCUCGCUGGACCGCCUCAGAGCCCUAACGACUUCUUGCAAUUCCGGGACAGAGAGACGGAGACCAGACAUCCCAUUCGGUUGUACACACGAUAUAUCGACAAAAUCUGGGUCUUUUUCAGAUUCACUGCAGAGGAGUCGAAGGAUUUGAUCCAGCGCUUCUUAACUGAGCAGCCCGAUCCGAACUUUGAGAACGUGAUUGGGUAUAAGAACAAGAAAUGCUGGCCUCGAGAUUCUAGAAUGCGGUUGAUGAGACACGAUGUCAAUCUCGGCCGGGCCGUAUUCUGGGAUUUGAAGAACAGACUGCCUCGUUCAAUCACCACGAUUGAAUGGGAUGACACGUUCGCGAGCGUCUAUUCCCGGGACAAUCCCAAUUUAUUAUACUCAAUGUGCGGCUUCGAAGUCAGAAUCUUGCCAAAGAUCCGCAACCAGAACGAUGAAUUCCCGAUCAAAGACAGCGUUUGGGCUCUCGCCAACAACGAAACCAAAGAGAGGACUGCGUACGCUUUCCUCCAGGUCACCGAAGAAGAUAUCCAGAAGUUCAACAACCGCAUUAGGCAGAUCUUGAUGUCUUCGGGCUCAACGACAUUUACCAAGAUCGCAAACAAGUGGAACACGACCCUGAUUGCCCUGUUCACCUACUACCGAGAGGCUGCCGUGUCUACUGUCAACUUGCUGGACACCAUUGUCAAAUGCGAGACCAAGAUCCAAACUCGUGUAAAGAUCGGCCUGAACUCUAAAAUGCCUUCUCGUUUCCCCCCGGCUGUUUUCUAUACGCCCAAGGAGCUCGGCGGUUUGGGCAUGAUCUCAGGUUCUCACAUUUUGAUCCCGACUAGCGAUAAACGAUGGUCCAAGCAAACAGAUACUGGUGUCACUCAUUAUCGAGCCGGCAUGACCCAUGACGAGGAAACUCUUAUUCCCAACAUCUUCCGAUAUAUCAUUCCGUGGGAGGCUGAGUUCAUCGAUUCCCAGCGCGUGUGGACCGAAUAUUCUCAGAAGCGGUUGGAAGCCAACCAGCAGAAUCGAAGACUUACUCUCGAAGAUCUCGAGGACAGCUGGGACAGAGGUCUACCGCGUAUCAAUACCCUGUUCCAGAAAGACCGGAGCACUCUAAGCUUCGACAAAGGCUUCAGAGCCCGGACAGAGUUCAAGCAAUACCAGUUGAUGAAGAGCAACCCUUUCUGGUGGACGAGUCAGAGACACGAUGGGAAACUGUGGAAUCUGAACGCCUAUAGGACCGAUGUCAUCCAAGCAUUGGGCGGUGUCGAGACUAUUUUGGAACAUACUCUGUUCAAGGCAACAGCAUUCCCAUCUUGGGAAGGUCUUUUCUGGGAGAGAGCAUGUCUCGCCAAUGGUACCAUGCUGCUGCGGUAUGACGGCUCCCAGGUCGCUGUCGAAGAUGUCGUGGAAGGAGAUCUGCUUAUGGGACCUGAUGGUGGUCCUCGUCGCGCGUUCAACAUUGUAAAUGGAAAGGAUCGUCUGUAUCGUAUCAAGAUCGAAUCCGAUGUGGAAGACCUCGUCGUCACAUCGAACCACAUCCUGGUCUUCUAUCACCAGAAGAGCAGUGAGAACCAGCACGACGGCUCCCACCUCCCUCACCAUCAGCAGGGGGCGGAAGGCGAUAUCGAGGACUCGCGCCAGUCCAGCUCUGACAGAAAACGGUCUGAGAGUUUCAUCAAGCCCACUCAACGCUAUGAAACUGUUGAGAUUACGGCGGCAGAAUUUGCGGGGCUGAAGCCAACCCAGAGGGCCCAAUACCGGCUUUUCCGAUCACCUGGAUUCGCGGCGCCAAAGCACACCGUGGAAGUCGACCCAGAAGUCCACAGCUUUGUCGUUGAGGAUAUUUCCCUUGAGUCCGAACCCACCAAAUGGUCUGGUUUCCGCGUUGACAAGGAUCAACUCUACCUUCGCCAUGAUUACCUCGUGCUCCACAACAGCGGCUUUGAGGAGUCUAUGAAAUUCAAGAAACUCACAAACGCCCAACGUUCUGGUUUGAACCAAAUUCCCAACCGUCGCUUCACCCUGUGGUGGUCGCCAACUAUCAACAGAGCAAAUGUCUACGUUGGUUUCCAGGUGCAGCUUGAUUUGACCGGCAUUUUCCUUCACGGCAAGAUCCCUACGCUGAAGAUUAGUUUGAUUCAGAUCUUCCGUGCCCAUUUGUGGCAGAAAAUCCACGAAUCCGUUGUCAUGGACUUGUGUCAAGUUUUCGACCAGGAGCUGGAGCAAUUAGGCAUUGAGACCGUGCAGAAGGAGACGAUCCACCCUCGAAAAUCGUACAAAAUGAACAGCUCCUGUGCGGAUAUCCUACUGUUGGCCAGUCACAAGUGGAAUGUGACUCGACCUUCUCUCCUCUUCGACACGAAAGAUCAGAUUGAAGCCACGACAACCAACAAAUUCUGGGUCGACGUCCAAUUGCGGUAUGGUGACUACGACUCUCACGACAUUGAACGCUACGUCCGGGCUAAAUAUCUCGACUAUACCACUGACAGCAUGAGUAUCUACCCUUCGGCGACAGGUCUGAUGGUCGGUAUUGACCUCGCAUACAAUCUGUACUCUGCAUAUGGACAAUAUUUCCCUGGUUUGAAGGCGUUGGUGCAGCAGGCAAUGGCAAAGAUCAUGAAAGCAAAUCCAGCCCUUUACGUGCUCCGCGAACGCAUCAGGAAAGGUCUACAGCUGUACGCGUCUGAAAGCACUCAAGAGUUCUUGAACUCGCAGAACUACUCGGAACUGUUCAGCAACCAAACUCAACUGUUCAUUGAUGACACAAAUGUGUACCGGGUGACGAUUCACAAGACAUUCGAGGGCAAUCUGACGACGAAACCUAUCAACGGCGCCGUUUUCGUGUUCAAUCCGAAGACUGGACAGCUCUUCUUGAAGAUCAUCCACACCAGUGUGUGGGCUGGUCAAAAGCGUCUUGGGCAAUUGGCUAAAUGGAAAACUGCGGAAGAAGUCGCGGCGUUGAUCAGGUCUCUGCCCGUCGAAGAACAGCCCAAACAGCUCAUUGUCACUCGCAAAGGUCUCCUCGAUCCGCUUGAAGUUCACUUGUUGGACUUCCCGAACGUUUCGAUUCGAGCUUCGGAGCUCCAGCUGCCAUUCCAGGCUGCGAUGAAGGUGGAAAAGUUGGCCGAUAUGAUUCUGCAAGCCAAGGAGCCGCAGAUGGUUCUGUUCAAUUUGUACGAUGACUGGUUGAAGUCGAUAUCGUCGUACACGGCCUUUUCGAGAUUGAUCCUUAUUCUCCGCGCUCUGCAUGUGAACACGGACAAGACGAAGCUGCUUCUCCGACCUGACAAGACGGUCAUCACUCAAGCACAUCACAUCUGGCCUACUCUGUCGGACGAAGACUGGAUCAAAGUCGAGGUUCAGCUUCGAGAUCUUAUCUUGAACGAUUACGGCAAGAAGAACAAUGUCAACGUCCAGUCCCUCACCAGCAGUGAAGUGCGAGACAUUAUCCUGGGUAUGGAGAUCUCGGCGCCGUCGAUGCAACGCCAGCAGGCGGCGGAGAUUGAAAAGCAGCAACAAGACCAACAACAACUGACUGCGGUGACCACCAAGACUCAGAAUGUUCGCGGAGAGGAGAUUAUUGUAACGACGACUUCGCAAUACGAGCAACAGUCGUUCGCCUCCAAGACGGAAUGGCGGACACGGGCGAUUGCGACGUCGAACCUGAGGACGCGUGCGAACAACAUCUACAUCUCCAGCGACGACAUUCACGAAUCGGAGGACUCGUACACGUAUGUACUCCCCAAGAAUAUACUCAAGAAAUUCAUCGCGAUUGCGGAUCUGCGUGUCCAGGUGGCGGGAUAUCUCUACGGCUCGUCACCGCCAGACAAUGAUCAGGUCAAGGAGAUCCGCACUAUCGUGAUGGUGCCGCAGGUUGGAUCUACACGAGAGGUGCAGUUACCGCAUCAACUACCACAACAUGAGUAUCUCAAGACCAUGGAGCCACUCGGAAUCAUCCACACCGUGAGUGGUAAUGAGACAUCGUACAUGACCGCGGCGGAUGUGACGAUGCAUUCUCGCCUGAUGGCGCAACAUCCCAGCUGGGACAAGAAGACCAUCACGUUGACAGUCUCGUUCACGCCGGGAUCGGUGUCGCUCAGCUCCUGGACACUUACUCCACAAGGAUACGCGUGGGGGGCCGCGAACAAGGACACGCAGUCGGACAGUCCUGCGGGCUUUUCGACCUCGUUUGGAGUCAAGACGCAACUCCUCCUGUCUGACAAGAUCCGGGGCUAUUUCCUCGUCCCCGAGACGGACGUGUGGAACUACAGUUUCAUGGGGGCGCAGUUUUCGACGGUGGAGAAGAGGCCCGUGUACGUCAAGAUUGACACGCCGCGACGGUUCUACGACGACUUGCACCGGCCCGUGCAUUUCAGCAGCUUUAAUGAGUUGGAGGACAUAUGGGCUGACCGGGAGGAUGCAUUUGCAUGA